AUGGCGGCCGCGCCGCAGCUUUACGCAGUUUCGAGUCAUUUCCAACCGACCAACUAUUCUUUCGAAGCUGCGAAUUUUGCGAAUCCGGUGUACAACGACAACAACAUACAACCCUACUUCGACAACGGAAUCUCGACUCUGCAACAAAUCCAAGCCGGGGAAGCCAAGUACGGGGAUCCACCUUAUCUCGGCAAAAAGCAGAAACAUGGCUACGGAUCUUCGUCAUCCAGCGGCGGAGACAAUUAUAAUCAUCAUCAUCCCCACCACCACCACAGCAGCAGUUCAUCUGGUCAAUACGCCCCGAGCUCUUCGUCGAGUUCCUCGGGACACUAUGCUGCACCUCCGGCUGUCGGACACGACCAGGGUUGCUACUGUGCCCUGGGUCGCAUGGGCCACUACGACGAUCAUCAUCACAAGCACAAGAAGCACGGCAAGUCCUUCGGCGGCUACGACAGCCACUACAAGCACUUUGGCGGAGGAUCCUUGUCGAGGGUUCUGCUGGGAUCCGCUUUCGGGAUCCUCGGGGCGCUGGCUAUCAACGGACUGACACCCAUAACAACUACGACAAAUGAUAGUAGCACUACUUUGACGCCCACUGUAACAAUGACGAAUCCAACUGAUGCUACAAAUCCGACUGUUCCUACGAAUCCAACGGACUCAACGGAUACUGGUCCGGGAUCGUCAGGACUUCUCCGAUUGUUCAGACGCAGACAAAGGCCAAACAGGUUGUUUCAAAUUCAUGUCCCGAGGACCAUGAGUCUGGUUACACCGCCGAUGAUGGUGAAUAACUUGGAAGACGCGUUGGCCGAAAAUGACGAGGGUAAAAUGGUGACGGUGAUGCAGCCGAGUACCAGGCCGGCGUUCGAAGAUGGCAAGGAACGUCACAAACGGUCAAUUGAAGAGAAUAAUGAAGUGGGUACUGAAUCCCCUGUCUGGGCUUCCGAUUCUUUGCAGCCACCUGCGCAGUCGCCCAUCAUCCAGACGCUGGCCUCGGCGCCGGUCGGGUCGCCCAACACGUACCCGCUGGUGCCGGCGCCGGUUCAGGCCCGCGACAUCCCUCAGAUCCAGCAGCAGUACCUGGACGAACGGCAAAUCCACUUGUUCCCGCCGGGCGCCUACAACCAAGGCGCCGUUUUCGCCGUCGCGGCGCCGGCGACGUUCGCCACGAUCGUCGUCCCGCCGCCGUCCGCCGACUCCACCACCGUCAAGUGCGAACAGACGCAGCUGGCAGAUCUCGGGGCGCCGCAGCUCGUGCACCAGCACCAGCAGGCGUCGCUGCACGCCCAGCAGCAGUCGCAGCACCAGCAGCCGCAGCACCAGCAGCAGCAGCACGUGGUCCAGCAGGCCGUGGCGCCGCCGUCGUCGGCGCCCGCGUCCGGCGCCACGGGACGCAAGCCCGGCCGCAAGAGAGCCAAGUUGUCGGCGGACGUGGUCCACGUGACGGACCUGGACGGCGUGGAGAGCGUGAGCCAGGUCCCGGCCGUGUCGUCCACGGCGCCGCCGCCGCACCUCCACCACAUGGACGCGGACAAGCAGGUGAAGAAGAAGCGGAAGCGGUGCGGGGAAUGCUUGGGCUGCCAGCGGAAGGACAACUGCGGCUCCUGCGCGCCUUGCAAGAACUCCAAGAGCCACCAGAUCUGCAAGAUGCGUCGCUGCGAGAAGCUCACCGAGAAAAGGGUUAGGACCACUCUAUCUAUCUCUUCGACUAUACGGAAGCAUGAACCGGAAUUUCUGGAUGAUGUGCCCGGAACGCAGCAAACAGCAGGAGCGCGUCAUUCCGGAGCCAGUGCAUGUUCGAUAACCGGGAUCAUCAAUUCGUGUCCCGUCCAUGAGAGGGAUCAAGGUUUGGCAUGGGAGGCGGGGGUUGCGCUGAGUCGGGUCGGGUCGGGUUCCGGGCAUCGCGUGGAUGAGUCAUCGACAUCACCCCCCGUGGGCGACGGGGAUUUCAACUCCCUUGCUGCAGGAGAGGAGGAAGACCCCGGGGUUCGACGCUUCCACCCCGCACCCCGGGGUCUUCCUCCUCUCCUCGUUUCCCUCUGA